UGAAGUCACGUGACUGUCUGGAGAAACGGGAAGUUCGUGAGUCUCUCAGCUGCUGUAACUUUAUGCUUUCAAGAAGACGCAUUCCUAUCCAGACGACAAAAGUCCAUCUCUGUCGGUGUCGGCGUCUUAUCAUCCGGUCAUGGGCUCUCUGUUCCGCAGUGAAGAGGUCUGUCUGGUUCAGAUCUUCCUCCAGUCGGGAUCGGCUUACAACUGUGUCAGUGAACUGGGAGAGCUGGGAAUAGUGGAGUUCAGAGAUCUGAAUCCAAAUGUGAACGCGUUCCAGAGGAAGUAUGUGAACGAGGUGAGGAGAUGUGAGGAACUGGAGAAAACCUUUGUCUCUAAUGCAGGUGAGGAGGUGCAGUGGACCGUGUUUUUAAUCUCGUUCUGGGGAGAUCAGAUCGGUCAGAAAGUGAAGAAGAUCUGUGACUGCUUCCACACACAAACAUUCCCCUACCCUGAGAGCCAGGCAGAACGAGAGGAGACUCUGAAUGGACUCCGAGGAAGAAUCGAGGACAUCAAAUCAGUCAUGGGUGAGACGGAGCAGUACAUGCAGCAGCUGCUGGUGCGAGCGCUGGCCCGUCUGCCCGAGUGGAUUGUGCAGGUUCAGAAGUGUAAGGCCGUGCAGACAGUGCUGAAUCUCUGCAGCCCAUCCGUCACUGAUAAGUGCCUGAUCGCAGAAGCCUGGUGCCCCGUGAGCCAGCUGCCUGCCCUGCAGAGCGCCCUGAGAGAGGGAGGGAGGAAGAGCGGCAGUAGUGUGGACUCCUUCUACAACCGCUUGCCGGCCACCACGUCCCCCCCCACACUCUUCCCCACCAACGCUUUCACUGCAGGAUUCCAGAACAUAGUCGAUGCCUAUGGAGUGGCGAGCUACAGGGAGAUGAACCCAGCUGUCUACACCAUCAUCACGUUUCCCUUUCUGUUUGCCGUCAUGUUCGGGGACGUUGGACACGGUCUUCUGAUGACGCUGCUGGCUCUCUGGAUGGUUCUGGAGGAGAAGGAUUCAAAACUGAGGAAAAACACUAAUGAAAUCUGGCAGAUGAUGUUUGGAGGCCGAUAUCUUAUUUUGUUAAUGGGGCUGUUUUCUAUCUAUACCGGAGCCAUUUACAAUGAAUGUUUCAGCCGGGGCCUCAACACCUUCUCCUCAGGAUGGCACAUCCGGCCCAAUGCAGAAUUCUACAACUGGACAGAGGAGACUUUCAAAAGUAAUCAGUAUCUGUCGCUGGACCCCAAUGUCACAGGCGUUUUCACUGGUCCUUAUCCUUUUGGCGUUGAUCCGAUUUGGGGUCUGGCCAAUAAUCAUCUGACGUUCCUCAACAGCUAUAAGAUGAAGAUGUCUGUCAUUAUUGGAGUCAUCCAUAUGACCUUCGGUGUGUGUUUAUCCUUAUUCAACUACAUGUAAGUAUGUUUCCAUUUCGAUACUGCACUCGUACUGCGUCGCUAGACGCUUAUGGGGAAAACUCCUUUUUCUCCGAGGACUGAAGCCUUUACAAUCAC